AUGGUCAGACCCUACGCUGGUGCAGUAGGUCCUGGGUUCCUCCUGGUCCACGACAAUGCCCGGCCUCAUGUGGCAAGAUCGACCACUGCCUCACUCACCGCAGACUUGUACCGCAAAUGCGACAACGUCACGGUCACGUCGGAGGGCGGCGUCAUCCACAGCCCCCGCUACCCCAACUCGUACCCGCGGAACCUGCUGUUGCUAUGGAAACUGGUGUCGCCGCCAGGAAGCAGGAUACGCCUGGAGUUUGACGGUCACUUUGGCCUGGAGGAGGCGGAGAACGACGUGUGCAGGUAUGACUUUGUGGAAGUGGAAGACCGAUUAGAGGCCAGCACUAUAAUUUGGGGUCGCUGGUGUGGGCAGAAAGCGCCGCCGAGUGUCAACUCCAAAUCCAACGUCCUCAGACUCACCUUCAAAUCUGACGACUACUUUGUAGCGAAACCCGGAUUCAAAGUCUACUACUCUUUGCUGCAUGACACGCCUCUGCCUGCGUCUCAGACCAACUGGGAGGUCGUCACCUCGUCGGAUGCUGGUAGUGUUGCUGAGGCCGAGGCUGAGGCUGAGGCUGAGACCGAGGCUGAGGCUGAGGCUGCAGUGACGGAGGUUCCUCUCUCCCUGGAGGACUUGGACAGAACCAUAGCUGCCUUCGACACGGUGGAACAGCUCCUCAGAUCCCUCAACCCAGACACCUGGAGACAAGACCUGGACAGCAUAUACACCCAGGCGCACGUCCAUUAUCGAUCCAGGGCGUACCAGCUGGCGAGCAGGCACAACAAAGUGGACCUGGACGGUCUGUGUGACGACGUGCGGCGCUACAGCUGCACGCCCCGCAACUACUCCGUCAACCUGCGGGAGGAGCUGAGGGCCACCAACGCCGUCUUCUUCCCCCGCUGUGUGCUGGUCCAACGCUGCGGCGGCAACUGUGGCUGCGGCACCCACGACUGGAACCACGGCUGCGCCUGCCAGGCCGCCAAGACCACGGUCAAGCUGCACGAGGUGCUGAAGUACGCCCCAGAGAGCGCCGUGGACCGACGCCGGCGCAGACCGAGGGCGCACUGGGUCCUGGACGAGGUCUUCCUCACGCACCACCUGGGCUGUGAGUGCGCCUGUCCCUCCCGGCCCCCCCGCUGACACGGAGGAGGAGCCCCGGGCCCUUGGGACAGGUUUUCACUGGGACUAGUCUGGAGAGAAAACACGAAGAGAAGAAGUCAUUUUGGGCGUACACCUGCACAGGUGAAGAUCAUGAAUAUGCAAAUGUAUUUAAUGGCGAGCGCUUCAUUUGGGACAUUUCUAGAAGGACUUUUUUUAUUUAUGUGAAACCAUUUCUUUGUGACUCCUAGUGGUUUUGUACUCAAACUAAUUCAUGGGAAAUAAAUUGUUGGAUUUGUGGCGUGUGCACAAUAACAAUGAUUUGAAAA